AUGGGUAUUGUUCGUACAAGAAAUUGUAAAGAAAGCGUUCAAUGUAGGGCUAAAAAUUUUGGUGUUUCUGUGUCAGAAAUGGCUGAGCUUCUUCAUACGGACAUGGCUACGUUAUACGGCUACACACUUGAUAAUUUGACUAACACUUUCUUUCCGAACAUUUUAUUACUUCAAGCUCGUAAGAACCUAUUUGAAACAAGGUCACUUGAUACCGCUUAUGUCGUCGCAGGAUUAACUCAAGCCCAAGGCGCAGCUGAAACAAUGUUGUCUUUUGCUGGUGGUUCUUCGAUUAAUUUCAAUCUUCGUGAUCUGGAAAUUCUGUAUGAUUAG